AGGUAAACAUGAGUCUCCAGGCAAACAACUCUUUAAUCCCAUAAGCUUUUUUGCUAAAAUCAAGCCCGUUACGAAACCACUGAUAGACCUUAGCGAAACCGAUCAAGAGUAUACAACUAUAGAUGAUAUACUUGAUGUAACUGUCGUAGAGGAUUUAGUAGAAGAUAGUGAUGAUGAAGGCUUAGAUAUAGUAGAAAGAAAACAAAUUUUAGAUUUGGAAGAUUUUAAAGACAAUGAUGAAUUAGAUGCCCAAUUUAAUGUGUUUUGUAGAAUGUGUAAUACUGGGUUUAGACAUAUGAGUUCUUUAAGAUAUCAUGAGAAGCAUCGGGUAUGUCUUAAGCCAAAAAAAGACACAAGUGACCCUAAGUGUUUAAAAUGCGAAAAGGUAUUCGCAACUAAUACUGGAUUACAGUAUCACUUGAAAAGAAAUGUGUGUGAACAAAUUAAAGAGGAAGCAAUCCCAAAAGUCUAUCAGUGUAAGCAAUGCGAUAAAAUUUUUGCAGCAAUAAGUGGCUUAGCUUACCAUGUGAAAAAAAAAGUUUGUGAGCAACCGCCUGAACAACCGCCAAAAGAGGAUAUAGUAUAUAAUUGUGAAAAAUGCGAUGCCAUUUUUAAGCGUAAGCAUUCUCUAGCUUACCAUAUGCAACACAGGGUCUGUUUGAAACCACAAAAAGAAAAAGUCGACCCAGAAAGUCUGGUAUGCAAAUUAUGCGAAAAACUAUUUACAUCUGCUAGUUCCUUAGAGUAUCACGUGAAAAAUCAAGUUUGCACCAAGGAACCAAAGGAGCCAAAGAUUCCAGAAGAAGAAGAAGAAAAAGAGUGCCAUUUAUGUAACACUAUUUUUGCCCAUUCACGUUCGCUUCGGUAUCAUUUAGAGCACAAAGUGUGUUUGAAACCGAAAGUUGUCAAAACUGAACCAAAAGAAGCAAAAUGUGAAAAAUGUGAAAAGGUAUUUAGCGGACAUCUGGCCUUAGAGUACCAUACAAAGAGAAAAGUUUGUGAACAACCACCAGUUGAGAAAGUGGAACCAAAACCAGCAAAGUGUGAAAAAUGCGAGAAAGUAUUUAGCGGUAGGCAUGCUCUAGAAUACCAUUUAAAAAAUAAAGUUUGUGAACAGCCGGUAAAACCGGAAAUUAUCCAAUGUGAAAAAUGUGAAAAAGUUUUCAGCAGUUUCCAUGCUCUAGAUUAUCACAUUAAAAGGAAGGUUUGUGAGCAAACUAGGCCAGUUAUUCAAGGCCCGCCUUUUUAUUGCGAUAUAUGCAAUACAGCAUUUACAUUAAAACAAACUUGGUAUCUUCAUGUAAAGAGACAAGCAUGCAUCAAAUAUCCGGAAAAGUAUAUGCAAGAAGGACGAGCUUCUCCUCUCCUAAGUAUUGUAAAAGUUGAACCUUUAUCUGAAGAGGAGGAAGUUGAAGAAGUGGAAGAUGUUGAAGAUGUUGAAGACGUUGAAGAUGUUGAAGAUGUUGAAGAUGUUGAAGAAAUUGAAGUCAAUAUGGAAGAAGUUGUCAAAGAAAUUGCAAAUAUUGAAUAGUGACGAAAAAGCUAAGAACUAGUUUUUAAAUGAAUGCAAUAAAUUCCAGCUUACUUGCAAACGAAAAUUGGAAACAAUUUGCACAUAUUCAAAUCAGUAGCCACUCUGAGCGUCAGAGAUUUUUAAGACUUGCAGAUUCCUAGGAAUGGUGUUAUCCUGAUAUUAGUGAAUUUGUCCAUAUUCUUGCAUGUUCCACUCUACUCUUCAAACACAUUUCUUAGAUGUAUAGGUUAUCCCUUCAAACUUUUUGUGCAUUUUCCAAUUAGGCUAUUUAAUUUUACAUACGUUUUCCAGAUCGUUUUAAAAUAAAUUUUAUUAAGAUAGAGCAGAGAUAUUGGGUUGAUGACCUUGGAAAUAAAACUCCCUCUCUUGAAAAAUUAUUCCGACGUUUCGACCAUGUAUCAGAGGUCUUCUUCACAGGCUAUUUUACCAGCAAGAGAGUUUCACGUCAAAAUGUAUUUAGAAUAUAUUACAAAACACUGGGAGACACAAUGUUUUGAAAAACAAUUUUUUUUCCAUUAAAUUAACUACAGAAAUUCAGUUGCGAGGUAAUUUUUUAAGAAAGGAAGUUUCAUUUCCAAGGUCCACAACCCAUUAUCUAUGCUCUAUGUGGAUUAAAGAAGGACGUUAUGUCAUCUCUACAUUAAAUUUUGAUUAGGAUUUAAGUUUUUAAUCGGAGAUAUCAUAAGAUAUUCAUGUUCUGAGUUUCAAUUUCAAAAAUAAGUUUUUAAUUCGCUAGCCCAUUGAAGGUGCAUGAGCGCAGUUCCAGACCCAAGAAAAGAAGGAUGACUUGGGAGCAAAUACCUCUGCGAUAUAAAAAUCGCAAUUUUUUUUUUAUAUUUUUUAACAUAAAAAUAGUGAAUAUGUAAAUACAUAAUAUUACUUGAUGUAUAAUUUUGAAUAUUACGUAGGUAUUUAGAAUAAGAAUAUGGCAUUACGUUAUUUUAAUAAUAAGUAUCUAUAUAUUAUGUAGGUACUUUACCCAUGUAAGGAAAAACAUUGUAGGUUUUAGGUAAUGACCUAUCACAAAUAGACGCUACAAUAAACAAAACUGUGUGUAGCCAAGAUCUCUAUCAGAUGAUUUUAAACCCUCUUACCUGGUAACAAUGAAAUUAUUUCUUGUUAAUAUUUUGCUCACAAAAGCAUAAUUCUUAAAAACAUUUGUUCGAGCUAAAAAUUUACUUAAUCAAGCAAAUUUUUAUAAUUUGUGGAUUUUCACAAGCCAGAACAUGAAUGCUGUUAUCGACUGGUUGGCUACAGUUUGCCUGUAGCUUCACGCUAACUUUAUCACUGUCACAAGCAAUGUAUUUUGAAUGAUGUGAAGGCAGACAGAGAAACGAGAAGUGUUCCGAGUAUUCUUUACUUUUAACUGCCUGUCAAAUACUGUGUACCUAUCCCUACUAUUAUCUGGCAUCACGACAAGUAUCAGUUUAUUGAUGAUAUGUUCAGUCUAUCUGUGAUAAUAAGUCAUUAAUUUUAAGUAGGUAAUAAAAUUAUUCAACUACCAGAGACUCAGCGUUUUUAAUUUUCUGUGAAUUUCGAAAACCCGUUGAUGAUGAUGGUAUAUGUGAA